GGAGGCAGAGCCGAGCGCAGUGCUGACAGCAGGGACAGGGGACUGGAGGGACAGCUCAGGGGAAUCGUUCCUGGAUUGAAGAAUGGGAGAGUCGCCGCCAGCUCAGAUAGAUGUGCCAGCAGCAGCGCAGUGUACCACAGGGGCUGUGUUACCUCUGAUUUGUCAUCACGGUGGUGUCCAGGCAUGGUGUCAGAUCAUGAACACAUCAGAGAACCUAUCAUCAUUCGUCCUGCACAACAUAAGCCAGUCCAAUGAGACUAACCUGAGCAUUGCUUCUGUUAGGAACAAAUACAACCUCUAUAUUGGUUUAAUCCUGGCGAUAAGCUCCAGUUUAUUUAUUGGGUCGAGUUUUAUCAUGAAGAAGAAAGGUCUUUUACGAUUGGCUGAGAAAGGAGGCACCAGAGCAGGACAGGGCGGAUUCUUGUACCUUAAGGAGUGGCUCUGGUGGGCUGGACUGCUCUCAAUGGGAGGUGGAGAGGCUGCCAAUUUUGCUGCAUAUGCAUUUGCACCUGCUACUCUAGUGACGCCACUUGGUGCCUUGAGCGUCCUCAUCUGUGCCGUGUUAUCAUCGUAUUUCCUGAAUGAAAAGCUGAACGUCCAUGGAAAGCUGGGUUGUCUCUUGUGUGUCCUGGGCUCCACCAUGAUGGUUAUACACGCUCCUCAGGAAGAAGAGGUCACUUCUCUUCAUGAUAUGGAGAUAAAACUAAGAGAUCCAGGGUUCAUUACAUUUGCUGUGGCAGCAGUUGUGACAUCCCUUGUCCUCAUCUUUGUGGCCGCUCCAAAGAAAGGUCAAUCCAACGUUCUGGUGUACAUCGCCAUAUGUUCUGUCAUCGGUGCAUUCUCUGUAUCGUCUGUCAAGGGUUUGGGGAUCGCCAUUCAGGAGUUUAUCGAACGAAAACCGGUUUAUAAAGACCCCCUUUUCUUUAUCUUGUUGGCUACUUUAGUAGUGUCAGUCAGCACACAAAUCAAUUAUCUGAACAAAGCCUUGGAUGUCUUCAAUACGUCCAUAGUGACCCCAAUAUACUAUGUGUUCUUUACUACGAUGGUGGUCACCUGCUCUGUGAUCUUAUUCAAGGAAUGGAACAGUAUGGAUGUCAGUGACGUUAUUGGGACCCUGAGUGGAUUCUCCACUAUUAUUGUUGGUAUUUUCCUUUUGCACGCUUUUAAGAACACCAACAUUAGCUGGGGCCAAAUCACUGCUAGUAUCCGGAAAGAAAAGCUAAUGCUGUCAGAUGGACAAGAAGACCAACACAGCUUACUCGGGAAUGCUGACCACUCUGUAUUAGCUUUCGAAGAUGAUAAUAUCAAUAGCAGCAGAACUAACCACCAUUAAGUCCUACUGUGACCACAUACUGGCUGGACAGUCCUCUAUUUGUACAUUACUACCUGAUAAAUGAGGUCACUCACACAGAUAUAUAUAUAUAUAUAUAUAUAUAUAUAUAUUUUUUUUUUUUAUAUGGAUGGAAAAUGACUUUUGGUUGAGUAUUCUGGGAAAAGUACAUUAUGGAUGGAUUUUACAACCCAAAGGUUCUUACAAUCAAAAUAAAAGCCAAUGGACAUUGAUCCUUUGUCAUGACACUGUGUGGAAAGAGUGAGAGUAGUUAUCUGUCUUAUGCUUUGUCUGGACAAGUGGAAAUAAUAGAUGCUUUCCCUUGAUUCCCUUCUAGUAGCUAACUUAGGCUACUUUCACACUGGCGUUUUGGCUUUCCAUUUGUGAGAUCCGUUCAGGGCUCUCCCAAGCGGUCCAAAACGGAUCAGUU